GUCUCAAGUGGAUUGACAAGAAAAUGAAGAUCAUUUAUUAUUUGCUGCUGAUUCUCAGAGUGGGGCGAUGCACAGAUGAUCAGAUCCUUGAAACAAAGACUGUUGGUGUUGGACAAAACGUGACUCUGACUUGUGCUCGCGACACAUCUCUCAUCCGAGAAACCUGGUUUUGGAUCAGAAUUGUUUCUGGAAACUUACCUGAAUUCUUGGGAGGAACAUUUCAUUUUGAUUAUGAUGAUAGUGAUGAGCCUCUUCGCAUUAAAACAAAACAAGAACCUGGAACAUUCCUGCUGCAUAUUCAUGAAGCAAAGCUAAGCGAUGCCGGACUUUACUCCUGUAUUAAAGUAAACCAACUUAAUUUAACAUUUUUAAAAGGAACAUUUCUGAGUAUUGGAGAACCUGAUAUCACUUUCAUCACUCAAGACUUCCCAUCUGCUCCGGUCCGUCCAGGACACUCAGUGACUCUGCAGUGUUCCGUCCUCUCACACUCUGAGAGGAGAACGUGUCCAGGAGAACCGAGUGUGUUCUGGUUCAGAGCCGGAUCGGAUGAAUCUCAUCCCAGUUUAAUUUAUGCCCAAAGAAGCAACAGUGCUGGAUGUGAGAAGAGUCCUGAAGCUCACUCUCCACAGAAAUGCGUCUACAGCUUCUCUAAGGACGUCACCUCCUCUGAUGUCGGCACUCAUUACUGCGCUGUGGCCACAUGUGGACAGAUAUUAUUUGGAAAUGGAACAAAACUGGACAUUAAGGAAACCGGCUUGGGGUCCUUAAGUGACAAUAUAUUUCUGCUCCUGCUGUGUGCUGUCUUGGCUAUAAGUGUGAACGUCGCAGCUUUCCUCAUUUACGCCAUCAAGAAAAACAAGUGUGAUUAUUGCAAUAAUGAAGCUGCUGUUUUGCUUCUAGAAAGUGUUGCAAAAAGGAAGUUAAAGAGAAAUGAAGACGCGUGGAUGUAUUCUACUGUCGUCUUCAAUGUGAUGAAAUCUGCCGGUGGUGGAACGAGGGACGCCAAAGCAGCGGAGAGAGAGAGGAUCUACGCCGCUGUCAAGGCUUUUGGGUUGGAUUAGCAUGUUGAGGGGACUGUUUGAGGUCAACAGGUGAAAUGUGGCAGCUGAUGGUCCUGCUUUAACGUUUUGGUCUUAUGCUUACGUGUACAUUUAGUUGACGGUAAUAAGAAUAUAUGGUCGAAGGCCUGUCACACUGAUACUUUACUGUCACACCAACUUCCUGUCUUUGUCUUCUGGGUUAUUUUGUCGUCUUUACCGUGGUUAAACAUUUCGAAAAUUGGAGUUCUACCAAAAAUGUUAUUUAGUUAUAACUAUGAUGUCGGUUGAAUGUAAUGUGUAGGGUUUCAUUGUUUUCAUCGUUUCUGUUGUGGUGCUGGUUAAUAAAAUGCUACUGCAGUCAUAAUGACAUUAACAAGAAUGUAAAAAGUGAAAUCUGUG